GGCGCGCGCUGGCUGCGGGCUGUGCAAAGCGGAGCUCCGGAGAAGGCAGCAAGGAGCGGCGCGAGGAGGAGGAAGAAGGAGGAGACGAAGACUAAAGCAAAGGGGACCAGUUAUCCACGAGUGGAAAUUAAAGCCACAGUCUUUUGGCGUGGAGGCCGGGGGGGGGGGGGGGGCUUCGGCCAGCCUCCGCUUUUGUUUCGCGUCGCAGCCUGGCAGGAGUCGAAGUGGCGGAGUCUGAAUCGGGUCCCUUUUGCUGUUCAAGCUCCCCCCCCUCCCCGAUUUCCCCAUUUAAGGGAUUGUUGUGACUCUUGGGCAGGGCUGGCGGAUGCUGAAUGAGCCCCUGCCGGGUUCUGCAUGGGGGCAAAGGGGAGUCUUUUCCUUCCUCGUUCCCCCCACUGGGUGUACCGCUAUACACUGAUUAAAGUAGCUCACAGAGAACACUGAGUGAAAAUAGUGGUGUUGGUGAAGAUACAUUGGAUCCUAGCUACGCUUCCGUUCAUCUGAGAGUGCUGGCUUUUUUAACAGCAAUCUUCACUACGCUUAUUUCUUGCUCAAGUAUAAAUUUGGUAUUUCCAUUCCUUGCAAGGGAUUAACUGAUAGAACCUACUAAACCCAACAUGGCUGGGAUUAAUUAUAUUUUAAGAAUUUGCCAUUUGGUACUGGGAUUACUCAUAAAUCCAUUCAGCGCAUCUUCCAUACAGAACAAUGAAUGUCCACAGUUGUGUGUCUGUGAGAUCAGGCCGUGGUUUACGCCCCAGUCAACCUACAGAGAAGCUACAACAGUUGAUUGCAAUGAUCUUCGUUUAACAAAAAUCCCCAGCAACCUAUCCAGUGACACCCAAGUUCUUUUGUUACAAAGCAACAACAUCGCUAAGACUGCAGAAGAGCUCCAGCAGCUCUUCAAUUUAACAGAGUUGGAUUUUUCACAGAAUAAUUUUACUAGCAUAAAAGACGUGGGGCUGUCAAAUCUCACCCAACUUACUACUUUACACCUGGAGGAAAAUCAGGUCACGGAAAUGACGGAUUACUGCUUACAGGAUCUGUGCAACCUUCAGGAACUUUAUAUAAACCAUAACCAAAUCAGUACCAUUUCUGCAAAUGCGUUCUCAGGCCUGAAGAAUCUUUUGAGACUUCAUCUUAACUCCAACAGAUUAAAAAUUAUUGACAGUCGUUGGUUUGAUUCAACACCCAACCUGGAAAUUUUGAUGAUUGGGGAAAAUCCUGUGAUUGGAAUACUAGAUAUGAACUUCAAACCGCUCUCAAAUUUAAGAAGUCUGGUUCUGGCUGGCAUGUACUUGACUGACAUUCCUGGAAAUGCACUUGUAGGUUUGGAUAGCCUUGAAAGUCUAUCAUUCUAUGACAACAGGCUGGUUAAAGUUCCUCAGCUUGCCCUUGAGAAAGUUCCAAAUCUAAAAUUUUUGGAUCUUAACAAAAACCCAAUCCACAAAAUCCAAGAAGGAGAUUUUAAAAACAUGCUUCGUCUGAAGGAACUUGGAAUCAACAGCAUGGGAGAGCUGGUUUCUGUUGAUAGAUAUGCACUAGACAAUCUUCCUGAACUUACCAAGCUUGAAGCAACAAACAAUCCAAAGUUAUCUUACAUACACCGUUUAGCAUUCCGGAAUGUCCCCGCUCUGGAGAGCCUGAUGCUUAAUAACAAUGCCUUGAAUGCAGUCUACCAAAAAACAGUGGAAUCCCUUCCAAACUUGCGUGAGAUCAGCAUUCACAGCAAUCCCCUCAGGUGUGACUGUGUCAUCCAUUGGAUAAACUCAAACAAGACCAAUAUCCGUUUCAUGGAGCCCUUAUCAAUGUUCUGUGCCAUGCCACCCGAAUACAGGGGGCAACAAGUAAAGGAGGUAAUAAUACAAGAUUCCAAUGAGAAAUGUCUUCCAAUGAUUUCUCAUGACACUUUUCCGAAUCAUUUAAAUUUGGAUAUUGGCAUGACGGUCUUCUUAGAUUGCCGGGCCAUGGCAGAACCAGAACCUGAGAUUUAUUGGGUAACUCCACUUGGGAAUAAAAUAACCACUGACACCCUUUCAGACAAGUACAAGCUUAGCAAUGAAGGGACUCUGGAAAUAUCUAAUAUUCAGACUGAAGAUUCUGGAAGGUACACUUGUGUAGCCCAAAACCUAGAAGGUGCAGACACCAGAGUAGCUACAAUAAGAGUGAAUGGAACAUUGCUGGAUGGUACUCAGGUGCUGAAAAUAUAUGUCAAGCAAGCAGAAUCUCAUUCAAUCCUCGUCUCUUGGAAGGUAAACUCUAACGUCAUGACCUCUAACUUAAAAUGGUCAUCCGCCACAAUGAAGAUUGACAACCCGCACAUUACCUAUACCGCAAGGGUCCCUGUGGAUGUGCAUGAAUAUAACCUUACGCAUUUGCAGCCCUCCACAGAUUAUGAGGUUUGUCUCACUGUAUCCAACAUCCAUCAGCAAACUCAGAAGUCCUGUGUUAAUGUUACAACAAAGAAUGCAGCGUUUGCCCUGGACAUUACUGAUCAAGAAACAAGUACAGCACUGGCUGCCGUUAUGGGGUCCAUGUUUGCUGUGAUCAGCCUGGCCUCUGUUUCUGUUUACGUUGCUAAACGGUUUAAGAGGAAAAACUAUCACCAUUCACUGAAAAAGUAUAUGCAAAAGACCUCUUCAAUUCCACUGAAUGAGCUGUAUCCGCCACUUAUUAACCUCUGGGAAGGUGACAGUGAAAAGGACAAAGAGGGUUCUGCGGAAACGAAGCCGACUCAAGUAGACACAUCCAGAAGCUAUUAUAUGUGGUAACUCAAGACGAUAUUUUGCUUCUGGUAGUAAGGAGCACAAAGACUUUUUUGCUUUAUUCUGCAAAAGUGAAGGGUUUUGAGACUUUUGUAUUUUUUGACUUUGCUAGUUUUGUGGCAGAGUGGUGAGGACAGGUGGAUAUUUCAAAAAAGAAUUUAGUAUAGCGUAUCGCAAUGGUUUCGACACACAAAAUGGCAGCUUCACCUAGCUUCCAGUUUCUUUUUAGUUGUGCUUAAUUUAACAAUGCUGUUCUAACUAUGGGGGGAGGGGGAAAUGAAAGGUUGGGAAUGCCUGUGAUCUACCAGAAGCACGACCCCUUUCUUCUGAAGCCAUCAACAGAAAGUACAGUUUCCUGCAAAUUGACACCAACUUGAAACUACAUUAAACCAGCUUUGUCAUAAUCUGGUCUAAGGACUCUUCAAUUGAGAUAAGAUGACAAGAUUUUGAACAAUAUUAGUUGGCUGUACUGUAAUGUUGUAUCAACUGAUUUGAAUGUUUAUUUUUUUUUGUCUAUGAACAAUUGAUUUUUCUUUCCUUUUUUAAUAGUUGAAGAGGCUUAGGUAAAAGCUAAUAAGGAGAUUGAAGUAUGUACACUUUUUUCAAUGUAACAAACUAAAUGUUAAUUGCUCUUUUAUUAUAUUUAGUCGAAACUUUUGAAGAAACUUAGUAUUUUGUUCUGUGUAAUCCACCAACACCUUGCAUAGAAUGAAGACAGAAAUAUAAUAAAUUAUAGUUUUUGU